AUGUCUCUUAAGGAAAAGCCCUCUGGCGUUGAUUCUCGCCAUGACGAGGUGCCCGACAUCAAAGUCCUUCGCAAUAGUAUCCCAACACACUGCUUCGAGCCCUCCGCAUUGAAGUCACUUGCCUAUCUAAUCCGCGACUUUGUAAUGGCUGGUGCUCUUCUCGUGGCCGCCAGUCGUUUGAUACCAAUCAUUCCCUCUCCAGGCAUCCGCGCGGCCACUUGGGUACUGUAUGGAUUCACCCAAGGCCUAAUUGGAACAGGGCUCUGGAUCCUCGCCCAUGAGGCUGGACACGGUGCGUUCUCGAAAUAUUCUCGCCUCAACGACUUAGUGGGUUGGAUCACUCACUCGGCUUUGCUGGUGCCGUACUUCUCAUGGAAGUUUUCGCACCACCGACAUCAUCUGUUCGCUGGCCAUUUGGAUAAGGACAUGGCCUUCGUACCAGAGAUCCGAGACAGCCACUCCCAAAAUGCUUAUGUGUCAGUCAUAGGCUCUGACCUGCUCGAAGAUAUCCCAAUCGUGCAGUUUGUCCGCCUUAUUGUCCACCAGUUAAUCGGGUGGCCACUCUACCUGUUCUUCAACACGUCCGCUGGGAAGGGCAGCCUGCAACGGCCCACAAGCAACGCAUUCCGUAAAAGUCACUUCGACCCAUUCAGUGCGGUUUUCCGCCGGAGCGAGGCCAUCUAUGUGGUCUACUCUGACAUAGGGGUUGGGCUCAUGCUUGCACUCCUGUACUGGGCAUGGGAAAAAGUGGGUUUCCUCACUCUGAUGUUACUGUAUGGUCAGCCAUAUCUUUGGGUUCAUCACUGGUUGAUCGCCAUAACAUAUCUGCAUCACACGCACAUGGAUGUUCCCCAUUUCAGAGCCGACGGCUGGACGUUUGUGAAGGGGGCUUUGGCAACCGUCGAUAGAGAUUUCGGCUUCAUUGGACGCCAUAUUUUCCAUGGCAUCAUCGAAUACCAUGUGGUGCAUCACCUUUUCCCCCGCAUCCCGUUCUAUCACUGCGAAGAAGCAACUGAGGCAAUUAAGCCCUUGCUUGGGCGACUCUAUCGGCGAGACAACUCCCCCUUCCUCUGGCAACUCUGGACAACAUUCAACUCAUGCAAGUUUGUGGAGGAUGACGCGGAGGAACCCGGAGCGGCAAAGUGGGCCAGGGAGGGGUGA